AUGCCUACUUUUACUGCUUACUUGGACUCAAUGAAUAAAGCAAAAACUAAAGAGCGAAGUCCAUUUAGUUUCGAUUUUGUUUAUUGUUUUGGUCGAUUGAUAGCUUUUUUUUGUCAUUCAUCUCUUCAGUUGCUGUCGGCAAAUCCUAAAGAAAAUCUAUUUAUGCAAACAUUUUACUUGUGGUGA